GCAAGAAGGAAACCCUCUUUCCAAGGAAAGGAAUGAUAUAACCAAUAGGGGGCACACAAAGACUCAGUUUAGAAAAAGCAAUGUCUGAACUGAACUUCCAAAACCCCCCAGAACAUAGCUAUAGGUAGAAAGGAGAAGUCAAAUGAGUGGGUUUGGAGUGCAGGAAUGACAUGACCUGAGAAAGAAGGCCACGACUGACAGGGAACCCACACUCUCCACCUUCCCAUCCUUCUCACAUACAGCAUGGAUGUGGAUCAGACAGCUACAGGUCUCAUGGCUUAUGUCAACAGUGAAGGUCUCAUCAAAUAUGACAAACCGAUGAAGGUGGUCAGCAUCUGUAACCUGGACAUCUUCUAUUUCCCCUUUGAUGAACAGAACUGCACGCUCACCUUCAGCUCAUUCAUCUAUACAGGUGGCCAUCAAGCGCAGGCCCAGACUCUAUGUCAUAAACCUCCUGGUGCCCAGUGGCUUUCUGGUUGCCAUUGAUGCCCUCAGCUUCUAUCUGCCGGCAGAAAGCGAGAAUCGUGCCCCAUUCAAGAUGACACUUCUGCUGGGCUACAACGUCUUCCUGCUCAUGAUGAAUGACUUACUCCCAGCGACUGGAACGCCCCUCAUCAGUAUGGCCCCUCCUCCAUCAGGAGACUAAAAGCAAGGUGUGUACUUUGCCCUGUGUCUGUCCCUGAUGGUGGUCAGCCUCCUGGAGACCAUCUUCAUCACCUACCUGCUGCACCUGGCCACUACCCAGCCCCCACCCAUGCCUCAGUGGCUCCACUCUCUGCUUCUCUACUGGGCCAGCCCAAGGAAAUGCUACCCCUCUGUGCCCCAGAAGGGAAAUAAGGGCCUUGGCCCCACCCCCAACCACCUGCCUGGCGUGAAGGAGCCCGUGGAGUUGGUGGGGAAGGUGGCAGGUCCCAGAGAGGCAGAGUUAAUUGGGAGCCCUGAGUCAAGGGUCCAGGAGGAACAAGAGGCUCAGAGGCAGCCCUUGGUCGACCUGUGGGUGCAGUUCAGCCACAUGAUGGACACCCUGCUCUUCCGCCUCUACCUGCUCUUCAUGGCCACCUCCGUGGUCACGGUCAUCAUCCUCUGGAACACCUAGGCAAAUGCCUAGCUGCACACUUCAUUCUGGAGCUUCUCUGGCCUCUAGAAACCAGCCAAACUCCCCUGUGUUUCCAAAUCCCUGCCUCAGAGCCCUGGCAAACACCUUGUUUUCAACUCAGUCCUUCUGUGCAGUUUCAGACCAGACCUGGAUGAUAGCCUAAGCCUCCCACAGUUGGUCCUUGCUCCUACACGCCAUCAGCCCCCUUCACUCCUCCUGUAUGUGCUGCCUGCCUGGCUCCUCAGGAUCCAAGUUCCUGGCAUACUUUCUUGAUUGACUCACUCCGAAUAAAACCCUUUGCAGAAA